UGCAUCGAGGAUUUGAGUGUGCGGGAAGUGGGGGAAGAAAAAGAAAGGUGGGGGGGGGACGGCCAGCCGGGUUUGAUGCGUCCGGAGUUGGGGGACGCCUUUGCAAAUCAGCGGGCAGCCCGGCAGACGGACGAGCGUGAGAAAGCGCGGAGCAGAGCAGAGCUCGCAGCCGGGGCUGCUUUUGUUCCGUCGAGCGCGGACUCGUGCAAGCCGCCCCUUCGGAUCGCCGCCUUUGGGGUUCCCUGUUUGUGAUGGCCGAUCACAUGAUGAUGUCAAUGAGCCAUGGCAUGAAUGGGAUGCAGAACUACCGGAUAGGCAUGAAUGGGAUGCAAGCUCCGCCACAACAUGGACAGCAGCAUGUGCUAAGGACGCUUCCUCCCAACCAUCAGAUGAUGCAGUAUGGAGGCCCUGCUAUGGAUGGAGGAAUGAGGCAGAGGCCGGGCAUUAAUGGACAGAUGGGUCACCACCAGAUGCCAAGCACAGUGAUGUUCAACAACCCAAGUCAACAGCAACAGUACAUGGGACCCGUGGGUACCCAGCAACUUAUGGCAAGUAUGCACUUGCAGAAACUCAACACUCAGUAUCAGGGCCAUCCUCUCCUAGGCAUGACAGCCGGCCCGGUUGGACCAAGCGCACAGCAAUACAGGAUGGGCCCGGGACAGCACCCAGGCAUGCAGCAUCUGCCGUCCCCUGCUUUGACCUUGAAUGUUAUGGACACAGAUCUUAUUGAUGAGGAGGUCUUGACCGCUUUGGUUCUGGAGCUGGGCUUGGACCGCAUUCAGGAGCUGCCAGAACUCUUUCUGGGACAGAAUGAGUUUGACUUCUUCUCGGACUUUGUUAACAAACAGCAGCCCAGCGCGAUCAGCUGCUGAGCAGCUCUGCCUUUGGGAAGCAGGCCUGUUUUCCUUGUGGCCUGACUGUGAUACACGCCUGCCUCCAGCGUUCUCGUUUUUUUCUCCUGUAGAUACGUUUCCCAGAUCAUCCUUGCCUGUUGCUUGAAAAACAAUACAGACAAUCACCAGAGGCUUUUUUUUGUUUUUAAAAACUACUUUUUUUCCUCCCCCUUGCACUGCCUUGCUGCUUUUCUCACAAGGGAGAAGUGGCUUUUUCUUGUGCUGUUUGCAGAGAGAGUGGUUGUGAAAGGCUUCUGCAGAUGGGAAAUGAAUAGCAGUGAUAGAACUUCAGCCAUUCAGGAAAGAAAGCCUUGCCCCCUUCAAAAACUCUUCUGCGGUUGGACUACAAACCCAAUAAAGAGGGGUGGGUUUCAAAGAGGCUGGCCUCUGCUCCUGCUGUAUCAUUCCCUGAUGGCAGAACAAGCUGUUCCCAUAAACCCCUCUCCUUUAGGGGGGUGGGUUUAACGGUGAUGGAUUUUUAACCUUUUUUCCUGAAACGUGAAUGGCUGGGAGAUAACUUUUCACUGUUUCUCCUGCCUUGUUGCCCUUCAGUACUAUGAAGUUUGCAACCCUCUUUCUAUCUCUCUCUCUUUUUUUUUUACUUGAAAAUAUCACUGGCCUCAGGUUGGGGUUUUUGAUUCUGGUGUUUUUUCUCCCCCCUCUCUUGUAAUUGCAUUCCUAUUUUGUAUUGAGCUCGCAGGAGUUUGGGGUGGGGGGGAUAGCUGGCACAUGUGUUCAAAUGACAAAUCUUCAAGGUUAGGUCACUUCUGAUGGGGAAGACCAACUGAUUAGCAUUUCUUGUUAGGCUGCUACAAACAUGAGCUGUAAGCUGCUCUCUUAGCUUUUUUCUGCCUCUGAAACCAAAUAAAAUAACUGUAAUUGUGUAUAUUUUUAAUUUUUCAAAGGGGUGGGGGAACCUCCUUUGUUGUAUUUCUAUUUAUUUGGAAGGGCUCAAACUAUGUUGCCUUCUGAAAUGAACUGAGAAGGGCUAAACAAGACACUGAAGUGCGUGUCCCUCCAUAUUUUUUAUCUUAAUUAAAAAGCAAGAAUAUUUUUGUUUGAAUGAAAAAAAAUUAGCUUGUUGCUCUCUGGGGGCUUGAUUUUUUAAAAAAAGUUUUGAUUUUGUUUCAAAAAAUGGUGUGGAUAGCAAUUUUAUUUUUAUUUUCAAAUUCAGAAAGUUCAGUAGAGUGGAGAUUUUGCUAAGGCCCCUUCUGUUUGCAGGCACACAUCACUGUUGAUUAAUGAAGUGGAAAUGUACAGGUGAUUUUGUUUUUCUCCAAAUAAAAGCUAAACCCUCAAAUUUAA